CGGGUAGUGUGGAGCCGACACCGACACCGAGCGGAGGUGUAACGGGAACGCGAGUGUCCGCGGUGAUGCGCGGUCGGGCGGUGCUGAUCCCGGCGCUGCUGGCGGCAGUGUGCUCGGCGGCGGCGGGGGGGCUGUCCCGGGACGAGCGGCACAACGAGGUGCUGUUCAAGGGAGGCGGGGGAGCGGCGGUCCCGGCCACGGCCCCGCUGCUCGGCGGCAGCCCGGAGAAGGAAGGCGGAGGAGCGGCUUCGGGGGACGACCUCAGCGAGCCGCCCAGAGUUGCUUUCCUGUCAAAGCCCGAAGGCCUAGUUACUCCCAAGAAAAAAGGGAACGGGAAUAAACGAAGAAAAGGGAAAGGCCAGGGGAAGAAGAGAGACCCGUGCCUGAGGAAGUACAAGGAUUUCUGCAUCCACGGAGAAUGCAAAUACAUCCGAGAGCUGGGAGCUCCCUCCUGCAUAUGCCAGCCAGGAUAUCAUGGAGAGAGGUGCCAUGGCCUUUCCCUGCCUGUGGAGCAUCCCCCCAGCGUGUACGACCACACCAUGGCCCUGGCUGUGGUUGCUGUUGUUCUCUCCUCCCUGUGUCUCAUCAUCAUUGCAGCCUUGCUGAUGCUCAGGUGUCACAAGAGAGGUGUCUACGAUGUAGAAAACGAAGAGAAAAUCAAGCUGGGCAUCACUGUCAAUCACUGAGGAUGCCAAGUGCUGGCAAGGGCUCAGCACUACCGCACUUCUACCUCCGGGCAGAGGGAAGAGAGGCGGAACCAGCACCGACCCGUCCGGAGUCCCCGAGAGCAGCAGGAGCCCUGCGGGGAGCUCCUGGGCCACCUCUGGGAUGGGGAUGGGAAUGGGG